AUGUCGAAUCCUAGAAUAGAAGAGCUCCCCGACGAUGAGCCUACCAAGCAGGCAGCAGAUGAUGCAUCUAGCUCAUCCGACUCCGAACCUGAGGCCGCUGAGGGCGAGGCCAAUAUUCCUGCUGGUUCAGCAGUCGCUGUUCACAGCCGAAACGAGAAGAAGGCACGAAAAGCCAUUGGCAAGUUGGGAUUGAAGCAUGUUCCAGGAAUUACAAGAGUCACCCUGAGAAGACCAAAGGGAAUUCUCUUUGUCAUCUCCAACCCUGACGUCUACCGAUCACCCACAAGCAACACAUGGAUCAUCUUUGGUGAGGCUAAGAUCGAAGAUCUUAACUCUCAGUCGCAAGCUGCUGCCGCUCAGCAGCUCGCUGCCGCUGAGGCCGCUAACGCGGACCAUUCUGGCCAUGAUCACGACCAUGACCAUGAUCAUGGCAAAGGCAAGGCUGUUGAAGAUAAAAAGGCCGAGGAAGAAGACGAUGAUGAUGAGGAAGUUGAUGAUAGUGGUCUCGAAGCUAAGGACAUCGAACUCGUCAUGACCCAAGCAUCAGUUUCACGGAAAAAGGCAGUCAACGCGCUGAAGGAGAAUGGCAAUGACAUAGUCAAUUCUAUCAUGGCGCUAAGUGUAUAA